ACCGUAUAUUUGAUCGAUAAGUUCACGGUAACACUGAUAAGGUAAAUAAAUAUUUCGUAAAUAAAUAAAUUAAUAGAUCCGAUUUAUGUAAAUCUGGAGAGAUUCAAGUCCCUGCUACUGCUGAAGUGAACGCCGGAUUGUCCUCUCCCCGUGCGCUGCAGGCUGUGCUGCUUGGCGUGGUGGAGAUAGUGGGCGUAAAAGUGGGUCCAACUCCUGCUAAUAGAUACAAAAACACAGAUUUGUGACAACGAAUCCAAAGGCCAAACUGACCAAUCAGUCAAACAAAAAACCACGGAACAUGGGCAAACACAGAACUGCGCAGCAAGAUGCCAUAUUCAUCGCAUUUAUGGAGAGACACCCAAUGAUAGCCAAAAACUACCUCAAGGGUGAUAAGCUGGCAGCUGAAGCCGCCAGGAAGCGGCUUUCAAAGGAUUUAAAUAGCGUGGGUCCGCCUGUCAAAGAAGUUUGUGAGUGGAAAAGAGUAUGGAAAGACUGGAAAAGCUGCAUUCGUAAAAAGAUUAACAAUAACAGGUUGAAAGAUUCAAAUGCCUGCGGCAAAGGCUCGCUGUAUCAGGAUACACUCACUGCUCUAGAGGAUGCAGUGGCCGUGAUCUGUGACUUGUAUGAUAAGCCCGACAGAGUAGUCGAAUCUCGUCCAAAGGCACGUCCUGAAAUUUCCAACCGUUUGCAACUGCAGGACAUCAAGACCGACCCCGACGAGGUCACAGCCACAGAUGACGAUGAUGAGGAAGAAGAUGACUGCUCCAGCCGGAUCAAUGACAGACAUAUGGGCGUGAAAUUGGAGCGCACUAGCACUUCGCAAACUCCAUCUGCCAAAAAGCGCAAGCUGGUUCAAAAUGUUGUUCUCAAAAUCGAAACAACCGACUAACUAGUUCCACUAUUUUUAUUAUGGUUUGCUAAAGAAAAUAUUGAAAGUGUCCCUCAAGACCUAAUGUUUGACCAGGAAAGAAAGAUCUGUCCACAUUUUCAAACAUUUAAGAUUAUUAUAAUUAAUGUAAACUAGGCGCAUAAUGGGGAACCAUGGGCAUUUUCGAGAGAUGUGAAACGUCGACAAACGAUAAAAUAAACAAUUUGUUUGCUUUGGCAAAUAUUUUUAUACUCAACAGACACGCAGUUGGUUUUGGCGGGAACCUUUUGAAUUGAA